AUGGCCAACCACGACAAAAAUUGGCAAGGCUACGAACUCACCACAUUCUCAAGCCAAGCAGAUCACAUCGGCGUCAUAAAUCACUGGAACUUGGAUGAAAUGUGGCGAUGGGUCGCAUUCGGGGGUCUCACAAGAGUCAUGACUGGGUGGCAGAAAGUAAAGGAAAAGCAUUUCCAAAAACAUUCCGAAUCAGCAACAUACCAUCCAAUUUAUGGCUGGCAAGCUGGUCCAGAGACCCCGAAACUGCGGUUACUUCUUUUACUCGACGGAGAAGCGCUCGACAUGGAUGAGUUUGAACUUGAUCUUCUCGGUCUCUCUUGGGUCCAUGUUACAAUCUUCCUGAUUGGCGUGGACGGAUGCCCACACCAUCAUCGCCAUGCAAACGAGCUGCAGCGAAUCAGCGAGGUUAACCCUCAUGUUUCGUUUGUUGAUGCUCAGGGUAAUACUCCGGAGCGAUUUAUCACUCAUGAAUUGCUUAAGCGACAUCUCGGGUAUGAGCUUUCGAUGACGGAGUUUGAAGAGUUGGAGCAUCCGCCUCCAUAUUCAGUUUCUGCAGACAUUGUUCAAUAG